AUGGAGCAAGACGGACGCCAGGAGAUCGUCGCAUACGUAACCAACUCCAAUAUUGCCAAAGAAGAAGGCUUCUCUUUCGACACCGAGUACAAGCUCUCUCCGCCUGUUAUAUCUGUGGACAUAGCCAAGUUGGAGCAAGACGCAGAUCCGAAUUGGGCACGCCAGAAAGAAAUGCCUUUCGCCAAGUUCCGAAAGGCUAGCAGUCGAGUCCAGUUCUACUUCCCUCGUAAAGGACAUACGCUGAAGAGCGGCGCCGAUGAGUGGCUAUGCUUCUCGGAUGGUAGCAAUUUCACUGACACAUCAAUUGGCUUUGUUGCCGACAUGUUUCCACAAAUCAUCGAGCGGCAUCGGGACCAGAAGCAAGGACCGUUCUGGUACCCUACGCUGCUCCUAAAUCUGGAUAUUAAGAAGGCGUUGCCGAAGGCAGGCGUGAAAUGGCUGCAGAUCCGUGUUGAGAUGAAGAAGAUAAAGAAUGGACGGAUGGACCUGGAGGUGUUUGUCCAUGACGCCGAGGGUGAUCUUGUAGCAUUGAGCCAUCACGUGGGUUUCGUAUUGGAUGCGUCGCGGAACACUGCAGCAAGGACGAAGUCGGACAGUAAGAUUUAGUUGAAUUGAUCCUACAGUUCACGAA